GGAACUAAGAGCUGCUCGCUAUGGAGGAGAAAUAUCUCUUUUGGGUUUUGAGUUUUUUUCUUUUACCUGCGAUUGGAGCGGAGUUUCGCCAGGCUACUUUCACGGUUAGAGGUGAUUGUGCGGACUCUGGUUUCCACUCUGAAGACAUCUCGGCUUUAAUCCCUAAUCAUGAUAUGAUGGAAUGUAUAAUAGCUUGUAUGGAAGAUCCUUAUUGUCACAGCUUGGCUGAGGUAGAGUCUGACCACACGUGUACUCACAGUAACAUUAGCUUGUCUUCUACCUGUGAUCCCAGCCAGUCCGUACAGGGCUCGAAAAUUCUGGAAAAGAGAGAAAAUACAUUGACCUGUUUGAACGGUGGGACAUUAGUCAAUGAUACAUGUCUCUGCGAAGGUGGAUACGUUGGGCUGACUUGCGACCAUUUUGCUACAGAUUGUGCAGAAAUGGGACAGUACCCUUACUAUGCAGGUAUGGAAGGGUAUUUCCAGAUACAGCCAGCUCUCUCGCCCACCCCCAUCACUGUGUUCUGUAGUCUGGACUCUUCCUAUCCAAUGCCACGCCUUUACAUACAGCGACACUUUUCAAAGUCAGUUGUCUUCAACAAAUCCUGGUCAGAAUAUGCCGAAGGAUUCUCUUUCGAUGACACCAAUAUGUGGUUGGGGAACACACAUCAGAGCUCCAUAACUAGAUCUUAUACGGACUACAACCUCAUAGUAGAGUUGGCGGGAUAUCAGUGGAAUUCGGUAAAGCAGAGGGCUUACCAAGGCUUUAGAGUUGAGGACGAAACAAAUAACUUCAUCAUGACAUUUCAGACUUCUAGUCCCUACACUUUCCCAGACGCCGGUGAUUCAUUGGUACAUGUAAAUGGUUCAAAUUUUACAACAUUUGAUCGUGAUCUGGACGGAAUAGCCGGUUCUCAUUGCGGUGUUCUACGAAACUGCGGCUUCUGGUUCACCGCUGGAAACAAGUGUGGUCAAAGCAGUCCAAACGGAUUACUCAUACAGAAUGUGAUUGAGGAGCGGCUGUUCAUUGAAGAUGAAGUAUUCUGGACUUACGAUAUGGGGAUUUGGUCUCCAUGGUAUGUCCAGAUGUACUUGGAAAGGCCUAUAUAUAGCUAGUUAUAUUUAUUGAGUGAUGAACUAAGUGGUGUUAUAUUCUGAGACGACGAUGGAAGUGAUAUUGUAUUAAAGUUAAACCUGUGUUGAAUUUGAAUUAACGUGCAGGUAUCUUAUUGGAUUGACACCGAAAGGGAAAUUAUGGAACGGGGGUUAGAAUAGAUCGAAGAACGCUUUCGGCAAAGCCGUGCAAGAUCGGUUUUCAAAAUCGACCUGAUACAUAAUUGGUCAGAAUUGGAAGCCGUUAGACCGGUUCGAUCAGGCUGCAAAACUACGUCAAACUGUAUCGCAGUAAAUGCAGUAAUUUUUGUGAUUGGUCAGAACUUUUCCCCAAAUUAUAAAGUUAGACCGAUUGAAUUAGACAAACAAAUUUAAAGACAGACUGACCAGGUGUUGAAGGUUUAUAGUAUGAUGGUAUUUAUAUAAGCAGAUCGAGACAUUCCUUGAAAAAAAUUGUGUUUUUAUAAUUUAAUAUUCUGUCGUAAAUAUGCAUUUGCAUUUCUGUCAAACACAAUAUGUCAAUAAUCUUGGCAUUAUUUCAGCAUUGAUUUUGUAAAUUAAAUUAAUUCAAAUUUAUAAUUUUGUAAGAAUUUUUCUAGACAAAGCCAACGAAAUUCCAUUUACAGUUUAACACCACAAUGAUUCAUUGUCACGUGACCAGAGGCUAAUAAAAGUAAUUAAAUGAACGGUAAUCUGGACAUCCUCGAAACCCUAUCGACUGUCGUGGUAUAGCGAGAGUAUAACAAGGGGAAGUAACUAUGAUAGAUCAGAAUGCAAUCUGGGUAGAAGCACUUGUUCACUAUGGAAUUGAACAUAUUUUGUUCUGCUGUAAAAAGCAUAAGGCAUAACUGUUAACUCAAAAACAUAGGUCGAGCUUUAGGUGAGGUUGAAUAAAAUCAUAAAUACGUUCAAUUCAAUAUUCAACUUUAUAAGAACUUUUAUAAUGGAAAAUGUAAUUCGAUGGCUAAAUAUAUAGAGAUGUAAAAAAGAAUUAUCUCGACAUGCAGUCAUAAUGAUAUCGCCCCUUUUAGCAAUGAUUAAUACAAUGUCAAUCCGAGGCCUUGAUUAUGAUUUCUUCCCAAUGGGGACCCGUCGGCACAUUUUGUAAAGUACAAAAUAUUUUCUCGCUUACGGAAAUUGCCGACGGUUUCUUUCUAGAACAGUUAUCUCCCUUUACUCUACAGAAAGCGUAUUGCUAUGGACUGUCCGAUGGACAAUGAUAUGUGGUUUUUGAGCACUAUAUUGACAUUAUGUAAACGUGUGUCAAGCAUGCAAAAUCAGCUUUCGUCACAACACGAACAAUUAUUUUAAAUUCUGUUCAAGACUCGUCGUUUGAAACAGGACAACUUAACUUCCCGGAAAUCAUUUUAAACGAAUAACUAGGUUAUUAUCACAAACGAAAUGUUUCAAGUACAUUUAUUUGUUUGCAGUUUGACGUACAUACACUGUAAUGUACAUGUAAAUACCAUCUGAGGUAGCGUAGAUUUCGACUGACUUUUUGAGGAAAAAAGAAUUUCUGAAAAUCUUCUUACACAUAUCUGACAAACUUAACCAAUAUAUAAUCAUAUUCGUGCUGAAUUGACAAGCCAUGUUAGAACUUCUUUCCCUUAAAGAUGCAUUAUCCCAUAUACGAUAUAUUAUCGUGAUAACAUACUACAAUACAAUACGCCAUAAAAUUAAACAUUAACCCAUUCCAUUAUAAUAAUUAUACACAUCAAAAACACCUUUCAUAGAUGUACAGGAGAUAAAAUAAUUUGAUAAUUUCUCAAUUUAGAUAAUCUUCUAUAUUAUCUGAUGUUAAUCGAACAUGUUGUAAAUGAUCGAAUAGAGAAAAUUAGAGAAUACAUGUAUCUGAUUUACAUAUUUAACUUGCUCAUUUAAAUAUGAUGCAAGAUUUGUGUAUAGUAACGUCUAAAAUACUGUUCUUAAGGUUUGUUCUAGCCCACUAUCCUCCUUCCAAUGUUCUUUGAUCUG